AUGACAGUUCGCCACUGUUGCACAACUGGCGACAUUCCUCCAUCUUACUCCAAAACAGUGUCUGAAGAACGGUCGAUCCGAAUCGCUGUGACGCCAGGACGUGAACCACGUGGCCUUGGACGAGAUCUGUACGCUCGGCCUCCACCUGUGAAGUCGUCGCGGACGAAGCCAGCACGAAAAACACAAAAAAUUGCUGAAGAAUGUUCUCAAAAUCUAACGGAGUCAACAGAUGAAAUGCUUGAGGACUUUCGUCGCAUGAGAGUAACAGAGAUGGGAAUUCGGUUUCCAUCUGAAGAGUUUCAGAAAUUUUAUGAUUGUUUCUCCACAAAAUUAAAUAUUGAUGAUCUCGUAAAUGAAUUGUUUAUAUUAAUUACUCUAUCUCUCAUGAUGAAAGCUAUUCUGUGUAUGAGUGUUCUCUUCAUCUACCUUGCAGCAUCCACCAAUGCUCAGCUAAAAUUGAAUGAGGUGACACAGCAGAUCGCAACGGAAUGUGCUCAAAAUCUUACAAAACCUGCAAGUGAGUUUCUAGAGAACUUCCUUGCGGGUAACCAAAUUGCAUUUACGGUUGAAAUUCAAAGAGAAGAGUACCAAGAAUUUUAUGGCUGUUUCCUGGGUAGAUCGAACGUGACAAAUGCUGACGGAUCGCUAAACAAGGCUAACCUUGGAAACGCACUUUACUCUGCUUCUGGGGAUUCAGAAGCUUCAGCAACAGCUUCUGCCGCAGCGGACGCUCUCUAUGAUACUCUGAACGCAAAUCCUUUAACGGGUGCUAUAGGUGCCAGUUCUCUUGCGACGAGUGCAGCUUUUAAAAUUCUUGGGCAAGAAUUGAACACCGAACUUAGUUUGCUUGAUAUCCACUAAUGAAAAACCAGUAAAGAAUUUCUCUUUAAUUUCUAACAAGAGCGAUGUUGUUCAUUGCUGUUGUGAGAAACUAAGGAAAAAUGAAUCAGGCAAGAAAGAAGAAAUUACAUAAAAAGUAGUCACAAGCACGAAAAGUAGAGACAUUAUCUCCAACUGUCUUCUCAAAUGUUCAAGUAUAUUCAUCUAUAAACACACCUCUAUGCACUUAAGACAGUUCCUCUCUGUUAAUUAAUUGAAAUAUUUACAGUUUUGUCGAUACGAAAUAAACAUAGUAUUAGAUUACAGAAACA